AUGAGGCCUGGGAACCAGAGCAGCGUGUCCGAGUUCCUCCUCCUGGGGCUCCCCGUCCCCCCAGAGCAGCAGGGCAUGCUCUUCGCCCUGUUCCUGGGCAUGUACCUGACCACGGUGCUGGGGAACCUGCUCAUCAUCCUGCUCGUCAGGCUGGACUCGCGCCUCCACACCCCCAUGUACUUCUUCCUCAGCCACCUGGCCCUCACUGAUAUUAAUUUCUCAUCUGUCACCGUCCCUAGGGUGCUGAUAAACAUACAGACGAAGUACAAAGCCAUCCCCUAUGCAGGGUGCAUUUCACAGACGUAUUUUUUCAUACUGUUUGCUGAUUUGGACAGUUUCCUGAUCACGUCAAUGGCCUAUGACAGGUGUGUGGCCAUCUGUCACCCUCUGCAUUAUACCACCAUCAUGAGUCAGAGCAUUUGUGUCAUGCUGGUGGCUGGGUCCUGGGUCAUUGCGUGUGUUUGUGCUCUUUUGCACACCCUCCUCCUAGCCCGGCUGUCCUUCUGUGCUGACCACACUAUCCCCCACUUCUUCUGUGACCUUGCUGCCCUGCUCAAAUUGUCCUGCUCAGACACCUCCCUCAACCACUUGGUAAUCUUUACUGCGGGAUUAACCGCCAUUGUGCUUCCAUUCUUAUGCAUCCUGGUUUCUUAUAGCCGUAUUGGGGCCACCAUCCUCCGGACUCCCUCUGCCAGGGGCAUCUGCAAAGCCUUAUCCACCUGUGGAUCACACCUCUCAGUAGUGGCUCUCUACUACGGGGCAAUUAUUGGUCUAUAUUUUCUUCCUCCAUCAAGCACCACCAAUGGCAAGAACAUCAUUGCUUCAGUGAUGUACACGGUGGUGACCCCCAUGCUGAACCCCUUCAUCUACAGCCUGAGGAAUAGGGACAUGAAGGCAGCCUUGAGAAAACUCUUGAGUAAGAAGACAUAUUCUACCAGCUGA